AACAAAAUGAAGUGAGAGAGAAGAGAGAGAGAGAGCGCGCUGAUUGCCUCGCCGUCGUCGAGAUCCUUCUACUUUGCCACCGUCCUCAAAGCCCUAUAAAGAAAGCCUAAUUCCUAGAUCUCUCUCUCUCUUUUCUCGGCAUGGCUUGCUGCCGGAGAAGCCUCACCACCUCCUUCAGCCGACUCACCAGCCGCCUCCGCCCCUCCUGCGCUCACAUCCUCCGCGAUGAUCGGGAAACCACCGAACCCACGAAUCCUCCGCCGUUGCCCCAUUUUCCUUCCCGUUACUACUCCUCUGAUCUCGUCCCAUCGGUCUCUAGCUAUGUUGGAUGGAGAAUCCCCGGAUUCUCUCACCCUCUCGGCCUCGACUCCUGCCUCCUGCGCAGCUAUUCCUCAGCUCCUUUUCCUGGGGAGGUAGCAGCUGCGGCGGCUGAUUCGUUUCUUCCCGUGGCAGCUCUGCAGCAUUUGAUCGAUGCAGUUCAUUCUUUCAUGGGUCUCAACUGGUGGGCUUCCAUUGCUCUGACGACUGUAUUGAUCAGGAUGCUUAUUGUUCCACUUCUGUUGAGUCAGAUGAAAUCCACAGCGAAGCUUAGUAUGAUAGCACCAGAGAUGGAGCAGAUUAGGAAACAAAUGAAUACAAUGGAUCCCAAAACAUCACAGGAAGGUCAAAAACGAAUGAAGGAAUUUUUCGAAAAGCAUGGGGUCACACCGUUUACUCUACUGAGGGGACUCUUUAUCCAAGGCCCAGCAUUCAUGAGUUUCUUUUUUGCAAUCUCGAACAUGGUUGAGAAAGUUCCAUCUUUUAAGGGAGGUGGGACUCUAUGGUUCACUGACUUGACAACGCCUGAUCCUCUGUACAUCCUUCCAAUAUUGACAGCACUGUCUUUCUUGGCAACUGUAGAGCUUAACAUGCAAGUAGGAAUGGAAGGAAAUUUAAUGGGAAAAAACAUGAAGAACUUCUUCAGGGUUCUUGCAGUAUUGACAGUUCCAUUUACAGCCAGAUUUCCAAAGGCUAUCUUCUGUUACUGGGUUACGUCGAACCUUUUCUCGCUUGGGUAUGGUUUUGUGAUGAAACGCCCGCCUGUGAGGAAGUUCUUGAAUCUCCCGGAAGUAGUUCCCCAGCCACAACCCACGGGUGGGAGCUUCUCUUUCUUUGGUACCUCCAAGCAGACAGCACCUGUAGACCCAUCUACAACAGCUGAGGCAGCGUCUCCAGUUUUUCCACCGAGGGUUAAGGUGUCCGAGCAAAGUAGGACCUCUGAUAAAAAGAUAUAUCCUUCUUCCGCUAUAAGUCACCGGAUUAGAAACUUGGAGAAGACCGUCAAAGCUAGAAACAAAACUAAGAAAAGGUGAGAAAUGUAGUUGGCUUAUUCUGUUCCCAGUCACAGUGAGCACCAUGCAAACCAUUUCUUGGAUUUUUAUUACUUGCUAGGUUUAUCAUAUUUCCAAACAUCACGUAAUCUCACUCAGUUUCAUUAGUAGAUUGAUUUUUUAAAAGGAGAAUAAUGUUAUUAUCGCAUAGUCUAUGAAAACCUGUAUCUAGGUAUGACAUUAAUCUUGAGAUAGAUGAUUGAAUCAGCAUCUUUCAUCACAUAGCAAUAGUUCUUCCUUUUUCUUUAAGGAUUGCAUGGAACUGAGUUCUUCGGUAGAGCCCUUAUAAACAUUUGAAAUUUUGCC